CGCUACACCCUAGUGAGUGUAAGAGCCGCAGGUGAAGUGAAUGCAUCACCACCAUGUAUAUAUACACACUCUGCGGAGGCAGCAUCACCACAACACAGCUGAAGCUUCUCUUAACGUAACAACGUCUCACGUAACACCAACAUGUCUCUUAGAAUGGUAAUGUUGUUGGUGGUGUUGGUGGUGGUGAUGACAGCGGUCACUGCGUCUCCAGCUCCUGAACCCGGCUUCUUCGGCGGCUUCGGGGGGCCAGGAUUCGGAUACGGCUACAGGAGGUACGGUGGCUACGGCGGCUACGGCGGCUUCGGUUACGGUGGAUACGGUGGCGGAUACGGUGGCUACGGUGGUGGAUACGGUGGAUACGGUGGAUUCGGCUAUGGUAGGUGAUACUGAGUGUGAUGUCCUAUCUGCGGUGGCAGGGGGUCGAGUCACAGCUCCUGGCCCUGCACGGCAGUAUUCACACACACACGCACA